CGUGCAUGAAUGUUACAAAGCCGGACAGUGGAUUGGUUCGCGCAAAAAACGUGGUAUUGAAACAACCGUCCGAUGACCCCAAACUUGCGCCUAGGCAGAGACCGUCCCCUCAAUGGAAGGUGAUCGACCUGUUGGCGCGGAAUCAAGUAUUGUGUUCAUGGGGCAAAAAGCGAACAUGUUUGCCGCCAGGGGGAGCUCGGAAAGGCUCGUACUCGGGAUUGAAUUUGCAUAAACGACGCGUCAAUGCCAACGCGGGGUUGACUUUGCUCGUGGACGUAAGAAGACUCUUACCGGACUUGAAAAGCUGAUACUUUCAGAUUUGACUACCAAAAUGGCGGGCGUUUUAUCGAUCCUCUCUGAGCAUCCUUCUCAUAUCCUGGCCAUUGCCUUAGGGACAGCCGUCCUCUGGCAACUCUUGUUAGCCGGCUACAAUCUCUUCCUCCAUCCCCUCCGAAGAUUUCCUGGACCAAUUCUCCAACGCGCUUCACCUCUAAUCUGGGCCUGGCAACAUGCCAUAGGCUAUCAGGCCUUUCGAACCCAGCUCCUCCACGAUCGGUACGGCCCCGUAGUGCGGAUUAGCCCAAAUCACCUGUCCUUCACCGACGUGACGGCAUGGAAAGACAUCUACGGCUUCCAGAUCGGCAAAGAGCUGGCCGAGAACGAGAUUCCCAAGUCGCAGCUCUUCUCUACGACAAUCAAGAAUCUGCCCACGAGUAUCAUAAAUGCUGAGCGUGAGGAGCACCAGCGGUACCGGCGGGCGCUAUCGCACGGCUUCUCGGAUAGCUCUAUGCGAGCGCAAGAAGGCAUUAUCAUGAAGUACAUUGAUAAACUAAUUUCUCGCUUGCAUGAGAACUGCGACGGGAAAGAAGCGCCGAUUAAUGUUGAGGCUUGGUAUAACUGGACAACGUUCGAUAUUGCCGGCGACCUAAUCUUUGCGCAAUCGUUUGGCUGUCUCGAUCGCUCAGACUACCACCCCUGGAUUGCCUUCAUCUUCAAGACUAUCCGAUACAAUGCCAUCAUGACAGCGAUGAAGUAUAUCGGUCUCGAUCCUGUGGUCCAAGGCCUCUUUUGGAUCGGUGGUCUUGCUGCGAUGAUGCAGUUACGCGAAAGCACUGAUAAGAUGAUGCAAACGCGUCUAGACAUGGACCCGGACCGUAAAGAUCUGUUCGAGGGACUCUUGAGGAAGAAAGAAGAAUGGAACCUGUCGUUCGAACAGCUGUCAGCCAAUGGUCUUAUUCUCGUACUCGCAGGCUCUGAAACUACGGCUACAACUCUGGCCGGCACGACAUAUCUGCUUUUGAGAAAUCCCAAGGUCUUGCAAAAGCUCAACGAGGAAGUCCGAUCGAGCUUUACCGAUUCUAGUGAGAUCACCAUCAACUCGGUGAGCAAGCUGUCAUACAUGCUCGCUGUUCUCAAUGAAGCUUUGCGGAUGUAUCCUCCAGUGACGUCAAACCUUAUCCGAGAGGUGCCGGAGUUUGGAUGUCAGAUAGGCUCAGAUCAUGUGCCCCAAGGAACUUUCGUUGAGAUUCAACAAUGGUCCGCGAACCAUAGCCCAGAUAACUGGACCAAGCCCUGGGAGUUCAGGCCGGAGCGUUUCCUGGAAACCAGCAAAGAGGAACAUAACCAUUUGGAUGCACUUCAGGCAUUCAGUAUUGGCCCGCGCAACUGCAUUGGGAAGAAUCUCGCGUAUGCAGAGAUGAGGUUGAUUCUAGCUCGAAUCGUGUUUGACUUUGAUCUUCAACUGGCGGAAGGGAAUGGGUCCUGGAUCCAGAGGCAGAGAGCCUUUGGUUUGUGGGAUAGAAUUCCGCUCAAUGUCUACCUAAAGCCAGUAGCACGUAAAGCUCGCGCAUGAAUCCACUUAGUAUCUCGAUAAGCCAAGCCAAAUAAUGUACAAAGUACAUCAAUGGAUUCUGAGGGGCGAUUCAUAAGUAGGUAGUCCCAGAGCCCUAGAGGCCCUAAAAGUGAAGGUAUAAAC